AUGCGCCCCAUGACCUUCCUCACUUACAUGCUCCCCAUCACCGGCCUCACUCUGGCCGCCCCCCGACGCAGAGACACUUACUAUGGCGUCUCCCUCGAACUCCAAACCUCGUCUGGAACGGACCCCAAUCACGUCUUCGGGCCAGCCCCCGUCGAACUCAACAAGCUUACUGCUCUCGGCGGCGCCGGAGGAGUCUCGGUUUCGAGAAUCCUCGUCGAUGCCAAUGUCCACCCCAACAUCCCUGACAUCAACCAGGUGGAAUGUCGUGGAUACAAAGACGCGGCGGGAAUCACUCCUGGAACCGCGCCGUUUAGGGUGGCGAGCCCGGCCGAGGUUUCGACUAACUUGGCGACGGUGAGCUCCGUACUGUGCUAUGUUGUGACGGACGCCGAGUAG